CGCGCCAACGCAUCCUGCACUUUCACUCUAUCGCCAUCUGUAGGAGGGUCGCGUCGGGGUCAUGUCUGUUACGAUAGACGACUUUGCGUCGUCGCAUAUGACUAGUAUGCGGCUCUGCGCGAUCUGUCAUUUGACCACGUACAUAAAUACCUGCAGCGCAGCGUUGUACCGCCUGAGCUGUCGCGCACGGAUUAUGUAGCACCGCUUCAGGUAUGGAUCCAUCACAACAACCUGUAUGGGACGAGCAUUACCAGAGACAUUUGUAUACUGUUUGGGAUGCGCAACACAGACGCUAUUACCGAAAACACUAUGUUGAAGGCGAAGGCUGGGUAUUCUUCGACUGGCUCCCUCAGCAUAUACGCACCGACUCUGUGCUAACGGUGACACCGUCUGGAGCUGGGCCUGCCGGUUACGGAGUCAACAAUUAUGACGGCCGAGGUGCAACUAUUCAGGGCAGCUACAAUCCACACAAUCCGGCACCCAGCAGCCACUAUGAGUCGCUUGAUCCUUCUUUCUUCGUCAGAGGUAGUAGUUUUUUUGAAGAAGGAAAGGUCUUUUCUGUCCUCUUCACUGAGACGGCGGGUGCCAAUGCCGUUAACGGGCUGAACCCCACCGACUAUAAUACAAAUCUUUCGAGAGUCAAAUACAACGAAUACGCACACACCCAGGUCCGAAGGUUCAUCGUCGUUAAACAGAAACGCGAAUUCUGCUUUGCUGUUCCGAUCUUCUCUUACAACAAUAAGGCUACCACCAAAAGUGGGGUAGUUCCUAGUGAGCAUGCCAUCGCCUAUUCUGUGGGAACGCAGCCGCAGCUUGUAUAUGGGGAAGCACCGCUCGUGAAAGCUUCCAUUCCUAUCGUUAUGGAAGAAGGCGCCACGCCACUAGUUGCAGCGUCGAGAAUCUACUUCGCCAUUCAUCACCCGAUCCAGUACAAUGUGAAAGUCAAAAGCCUGGGCUACGUACAUCCUGAUUGGCUACCUACCUUCCUUGGAUACUGGAACCAGGAAAAUACAGAUUCAAGACAAGACUUGGAUGUGACUCAUAAUGCAGAUAACACCGAUAGUGGUUGAUGCAUCGCGCCUGGAGGAUACAUUUCUUCUCACGACUUACGACUAUACGUUUCGGUUUCACGUCCUCCUAUGAAUCAAGCUUGCUAAGCGUUUCUUAUUAUUCUUGACCAGUUUUUUCUUUACGAUAUCUACAGUGUUGUUGCUGGAUGCGCUGCUUUAAAAUCACGUUUUCUCGAUGUUAGUUACUCGCAAAUACGAUUCAUUAUAACAACUGCAGUGCCUCUAUCCCCAACCCAUCAGCGAUUGAUGUCUUGUACAUUCGAUCUGCCAUCGCGACCAGAUCCACUCUAUACGUUACAGCCAUUUGAGCAC